UCUUGAUCGUCGCAGGCGGCCAAACACAACUCCGUCGGCCUCCGAAGUCAUGUCUCUUCUCCCUCUUGGCAUAGAAGUAUAUCUAUCCCCGGGGUAGGCAGGAUGUACACUGUUCAAAACUCAACACGGCCGCGCCGACGUCGUUCUUCUCCUUCGGUCAAGAAGGCCCGAAGAUCCCGUCUUACGAUGCUCUAAUAUGGUUACGAUCCACAGUGGAUGAGUCUACCUCUAACGUCCCACUCAACCUUCUAGUCUGACUGGUCGAUGGUCCGUGACAGUGGCUCCCUUAACGCCAUCAUUUUAUUCUUUGAUUUCUCCAUCUCGUCAUUAACGAUUGAUUAUACUUCGAAAACUAUAUACCUUAUUAAAUAGUGUUGAAGGGCCAAAUGAAAGAUUACCUGAAACAAUCCACAUAGGAUCUGGAAAACAUCAUCCUGCAGGAAGUUGGAUAUCCUUGUCCGACUAUCAAGCUCAGAAAUGACCGAGAGAGACCCCUAAGGGACUAAGGGUCUAGGAUUGUGUAUCCAUGACCCGGUGAUCGGCAUGUAAAGUCCCCGUUUACAUCCAGGGCCAGGAUUCGCAACUUACCACUGCGGAGUUUUCUCCUUGACUGAACGAAGCAAAUAUUUCUCAGUCCGGCAACAAGAUGACGACGCUGGACAUAUGGUUGACAUCGGUUUCUCUCUCAUGUUUUUUUUUUUUAAUUUAUUUUCUCCAGGUCUCUCUCAUGGAGCUCGGUUUUGUUUUUGACUGCCAGGGGAAAUUUACUAACCAUGCACGGAGCUUGUUUACACUUUCCAGGGCCUUCUCAACCUAACUAACGAUAUAGGAUAUUCACUACGUGGGGGAAAAGGGAAGAUAACUAUCAGAGAACGUCUCCGAGCUUCAAUCUAUCAUUGAAAUAAAUACCGAAAGUAUUAUAGUUAAUGAACAUCAAAUGUAGAUCUACCACUAUGCGGGAGAUUCCC